ACAGUUUACUGCCAAAAAAAAUUAUUGUCCAGCUUUAUUUAUGUGAUUAUAAAUAAUGAUUCUAAUGUUGUCUCGUCAGUUUUGUAUUUUUGUGAAUUAUUUGCUGUUUACAUUGCUAAAAUAUCCUUAUAAUGCCUACUGUGUGUCACCCCCGGGCCCCCACCAACCGGUCCACACCCUAGCAGAUGUGUCCCUAUGAGAAGUGUAGCACCCGCUCCCUUGUUUGCACCAUUGUGGUUGCGUUUUAUUCUGCCGUGGCCACCAGAGGGCUCCCUGUUAAACGCUUCGGAGAACAGUCCAGCCUUCUUUUCAUUGCUCGUCUUUAUCUGCAACCCAGCAACCCGCCUAAUUUCACUGAGACCUCCUCAAAUCUCUGCUGUGCAGCCAUGGCCACCACAGAAACGAUGUUCACGGACAGGAGUGACUUUGAUUAUGAUUAUGAAACAUUGCGGACCACGGGGCUCGUCCUUGCGAUCAUAAUGUUUGUCUCUGGCAUUCUAAUAGCCCUGAUUCUAACCCAUCUGGCAGUGAAAUCCCAAAGACAGAGGUUCCUGCGCAAACUGUAUAGAAAAUGUUGUUCAAAUGGCAGCAAAUAUUCACUCACACGUACGGACAGUGGCUAUGAACGCUCAUUCCUCUUAUAUAACUUUGUCAACUGGAUGAUCAAUAAACAGGGUUUUGGCAAAGCCUCACAGUUUUACAGGGUCUUUUUUGGAAUCCACAAAGAAUUGUGUGAAUACUAUAAAGAUGAUCAUGACUCAAGGUGCAGAAUUAAACAUUCUAAUGAGACAGAAUUAAGUCCACGAUACAAAUGCAACUGAGGUUCUCUUCAUUUAUUUAUUUUUGAUAUUUGGCAGCAGCUUAGAAGCAUGGUGUUCUGCUUAAGAUGACCAUUUGUGAUGACAAUAUAUUGAAAACAGCUUAAAUAAAUCAAAAUUGUAAUUUUAUUUUUCUUUGUUUUGUGGCUAAGAAAUAUGAAAAAAUAACAGGAGAACUUAAUAAACAAAAUCCAAAGCAUGGUGUUAUGUAAAACAAAUUAAGUAUCCAAAAAAAGUAGUGACAACAAUCUUAACAAAAACAUCCAGGUAAAUGAACAAAACAAACAAAAAAUUAAAAAAAAAAAAA